GCGUCCCCGCGGGAGAAGCUGAGUCUCCCCGCCCCACUGGGGGCCGGCGCGCCGUCCGAAGAACGACUUUGCGGGCUUCCGGUGGGGGCCGGAAGUGGCCGUUACUAAGGCGACGCCACGCUCCCGGCCCAGGUACUUUGCAUUUCCAUAUGAAUUAUAAAAUCAACUUCUAAAUUUCCUUGAAAAAAGAAAAAGUCCAGCUGGAACUAUCAUAGAGAUUGUGUUGAAUUUAUAGAUCAAUUGGGGGAGAACUGACAUCUUAACAAAAAAAGCAAGCUUUUCAGAGUUUCCUAGACGUUCCCGGUGCCAGCUUCUGUGAUGUCAAUCCCCAGAGGAAGUCAAGUCCAGAAGAGGUUCUCCAGUUUUAUGAGAAAGGGGCUGCUGGCGGUGCCGUCCCCAACAGAGAAGGACUGGCCUAAGGAUGAUGAAGAUGAUUAUGUCUUCGUAGACUUGGGUCAGGAGGUGGAUUCCCUGCCACAGCCUUAUCGCAUGAUCAACAAGAUGGUGAACCUUCUGUUUGACAGAUGUUGGGAAGUUAUUCAGGAGAGGGAUGCACUGAGGGAUGUUGAGUUCAGCCGGACCCAGCCCACCACCUACCCUCCACUUGUAGAAAACAAGCUCAACAAAAUGCCAAAUUGUAUGGCGAUUUCCCAAGACUAUGUCUUUAUUGGAGGAGCCAAAGGAUUCUCCAUCUAUAACCUGUACAAUGCUAAACGAAUAUAUAUUUGGGAGAAACUUAAGGUUGAUGUCACUUCCAUCUGGGCCACAGAUUUGGGGAAUGAAAUACUUAUUGCUCCUGUGGAUGAAAUGGGUAUUGCUAGACUGUUUUAUUUUAAUAAGGAUGGUCUUUUCCUAAUCAAAGCCAUCAAUGAAGUGGAUGAUGCCAGCAAGCAAACCACCUGUAUAAAGAUGGAGAUCUCUCAAGGAGGGGACUUCGCAGCCUUCCUCCUACAAGGAGCUGGAGAUAUUUGGCUGGAUGUGUAUAAAUUGCCCAAGGAGUCUUGGCUCAAGGAAGUGGAGCACCCCCAACCUGCUAUAAAUCCAAAGAAGAAAGUCAAACAGCCUCAACCGAAUACUCUUGAACCUGUGACUUCAGAGAAUUUAGAAAUGGAUAUGAACGUUUGUUUUAGAGGAGACAUUAAGCUGAGUCUUCCAGUUCACAUAAUGAAGAUCAAACCACCCAAACCAAUUACAGGUACCACAUUUAAAAGCCCCCUGGAAGUGUUCGCAAAGGUAGAGGACUAUUACGGGCUGGGCUCGGGGCAGAACCACUUCAUCAAGGACAGUCAGUGGGAGCAGCUGGCGGCCAUCUUCCUGGCACCACACGGGAAGUACCUGGACAAGGAGUGGGAAGAGGAGCCACCCAGCAUGGCCACGUUCCAUUUCCUCCUUCCCAGCAGCAUAAUUACAAUGCCAAUGGAAGUCAAGGGCCCCUCAGGGGUAGCCUGUGUCCUUGGCAUACACUGGGCUGGAAGUCACAACUUCUUCCUCUAUUCGCUUCACCGAACUCUGAAGGAUAAAGUCGACCCGGAGGGCGUCUGGCCCUGUGCUGCACCCAUUGCGGUCUCCCAGCUCAGCUACACCUGCACCUACCUAGUGCUGGCCUGUGAGGAUGGCGUGCUCACGCUGUGGGACCUGGCCGAAGGUUUCCCUCUUGGAGUCAUCGCUCUUCCCAAGGGAUGUUCCUGCCAGAGCAUUCACUUCCUGAAGUACUUCUUAGUCCACAAAGGACAGAACAUGUACCCUGAGAGUCCCUUGAAAUCCCAAAUGAAAUGUGUGGUGCUGUGCACAGAUUCUUCUCUCUAUCUGGUGACAGCCGAAAGGACCCAAGGACCCACCAUCAGCGUGCUUGUUGAGAGGCCUAUAAAGCACCUGGAUGAGGCCAUCUGUGCAGUGGCCCCGGUCCUAGCCUUACCCGGCAUGUUGCUGAUCUUCGGCAAGAAUGGCUCUGUACAGCUCAUGGAUGUGGCCAAGCCUCAGAUCAUCUGUGCCUUUGCUCUACCCAGAACCUACCAUCUGGCGGUCCCCUGGAAGCCCUUGUUUGCCGUGUCUGUUCAACACCCGUGUUUCCUGCUCCGAGGAGACCACCCAGACGAAAUUGAAUCCGACGACACCAAGGACGUCCAGAAUUCUGUUUUCUAUUUUAAUCUCGAGGCCUACCCACUCCUGGAACACAUCUCAAGAAAUCACACCAUUCCUGAAACUGACAUGACAGAGAACAUGGCCUUGGCCCAGGUGCUGCCCUUGGAGAAAAGAUGCGAGAGUUUCCUCCAGAAGAGAAGGAGCCCUCCUCCUGCCUGCCCUCAGCGUUUUGACACCCUCCGUGCUCGCAGGCAGAAGCCUGGCCAGCAGCCCGCACCCCUUCCCCGGAUCGAAGGCGUCCUCUGCAUGCUCCCAGCGGCCACCUCUGCCUGCAGAAUGAGGGGUGACUCCUGGACUUCUCUGACUCUCCUCUACUGAAGUUCCAGAAGCUGGAGAAGAAGGUGAAAGAGCAGGAGCACUGGACCCGCCUUCGCAGAUAUUCCUUGCUUCUCCAAAGAGAGAACUUCAGGAAGUGACUGGGCUGUUGCCCUGGGCCCUGUGAAAAGGCUGACCGCAGGCCCGCUUCACCCCAGGGUGCCCCGAUGGCAAGAGACGCGGUGACAAAGGGCUGCAGCUCAGUAGGCCCAGGGGCCUGCUGGACUGGCCGUCUGGGACCUCAGCAAGGCGGAGGUAUGAUCUGGGGAGCCUUCAACCUCCAGCCGUUUGUCAGAGCCCUCGGAUGGGCAGAUGUGUCACCCCGAUAAACAGCGAUACUGUUUCCAGGCUCCAGAGUUGCUGUGGUGUGCAGCCCUGCCUUCCCACCCAGCCAGACCCUAGCAGGGCCCCGGCAAUGGUUUCAGGCAGAGUCCCGGGCCUUGUGAGGACCCCUCGCCUUCUAGGCCCAGGAGAGUCACUUUGCUUAAAUGAGCAAGACCCCAGGCUACCCCAGCUACUCUGUGGCCCCCUUUCUCCCCACCCACUUCCUCUCCCUCUCUGUGCCGGCGCAUGACCUUUCUGGAGUCACUUCGGAGAGGCUGAGGCUCAGAGUGGCUGGGCACUGCCUGAGGUCACAGGGGCCUGAGAGGCGAGGUGGCAGGCAGGGACUGUACCACGGCUGGCCUGGAACCCUAGAGGAGGCCGGGGGGGUGGGGGUGGGGUGGAGGACAGGAGGGGGGCAGAGAGGUGCCUUUCUCUUCUGGAAACGGCCCUUCCAGGAGCACAGGACGGAGGGCUGCCCCCCCCUCAGGGCCUCCGCCUGCCUCUCCGAGGACACCGUGUGGUGCGUCUGACAACUGCAGGUGGUUGACGCGUCCCCGCGUUGCCGGAUCCCGGCAGGCGGGUGACAGGCAGCUCCCUUUGUGCCCCCAUCCCUCUCCUCCCUGGGGUCACACACGCUCCUCAUCGCCACGACACCUCCUUCCCGGCGCUGGUACUGACCGCAGGACGUCCCUGGACGGAGAGGUCCCCCCACCGGGAACUCAGCCCCUCGGCCUCCCACCGGGCAAGCUAGAGCCGGGCAGCAACUGCGACUCGCACAACAACCCUCUUCCUCCAGACGGCACGCACGGGGGCCACUCUCGUUUCCGGUGAGGGAGGAAAACUUAGGAUGAUGGCCGUGGCCUUACACGCCACCCGAAUGGGACAGGGGACGAAGGUUUAGGGGCCACUACUGUGAUUGUGGGCUUGACCUGUGCGCCUCAAGUAACCUUGUGAAAUGGAGAAGUUAUCAUUAUCCACGUUUCACAGAAGGGAAACUGAGGCUCAGGGUACACGGCCUGGAACAGCCUGUAUCGAGUCCUAAAGGACUUUUGCAACAGCCAAGUGUCAGAGACUCAACUCAAAUGAACUUCCGGGUUGGCUCAUGUAAUGGAAAAAUCCAGGCGUGAUGCUUUCCACGUGGCUGGGUCCAGGUGUGGGAGAACAUCAGCACUCUCCUUCCAUGGCGGGUUUGGUUCCCUUUUUAAAAAGGGAGGCCCUCUGCUUGGCUGGCAGCAUGACCGGCAACAGCACCCACGGCCAGUGUCCCUUUCUGGACGGUUCCAGCAAAGUCCGAAGCCUGCUUCUCACUGGUCUCAGCGUGGUCACAUUCCUGAAGCACUCAGGGGUUGACCGUGCAGGCCUGUGACACGGGCCCAUCCCUGGAGGGACAUGGAGGUCACGCCCACCCAAACUAAGGAGGGGAGAGCCGUCUGAAGAUAGGGAAAUGCCAGGUCACAUGGGAAGAAGGCAGGAGGGGUGCUGAGCUGGCCCUGACCCCCUCUCCAAAGUCAUGCGCUGCCCGCCCAGGCCACCUCGUUGCCUAGUGUGUGGGGGGAGGGGAGGUGGGGCAUUCCCAAGGAGCCUCAUAUGCCAGGUACACUGGAGGGGGGAGGGGAAGAGGGCAGAGGACCCAGGGCUGGGCAGAAGAGGCCUGAGCAGCGCUGAGCGGGGGACCCACGGCUCUAGCCCCACUCAGGGCUGGUGCGCCACCGGGGGCUGAGCGGGCGGUGCCAGGGGUCCCCAAAAGAGGUCCUUGCCCACUGGGUGACAGAACCCCUCAGAAGGGCCAAGAACCUUAGGUCUCCUCGGGCUGCCUGGGUGGCUCAGUUAAAUGUCCAACUCUUGAUUUCAGCUCUGGUCAUGAUCUCGGGGGGAGUCUGCUUGAGAUUCUCCCCCUCACCCACCCUGCUGGCACACAAGUGUGCUCACUCUCUCUCUCUAAGAAAGAGAACCUUGGGUCUUCUCAGGGGACUGUUGGAAGUAGUGUGAGUCAAAGGAGUGCCCAAGGUGCCAUAGUUAGGAGGCAUCACGCUCAGCGUUGUGCAAACGCAGGGAUGACAUCUGGGGAGUGGGGUGGACAAGGUGGCUCCUGGCCUCGCCCUGGGAUAAGCAGGGGCUUUGCAGUUCGGCCUAGCUGCCCUCCGCAGCCCUGGGCUACCCUGGUUCUCCAGAUACAGGCUGUUUCAGAAGCCUGGCGCAUCAGCGUGCCCCUCAGAUGGCCCUCUUUAUUUAGCAACACGUGGCCAGAGGGACAUCUGGGCUCAGCCUCCUCCAGACGCACCACCCAGGCACACGAGGCCUGGCCCAGCCUCAGUCCUAUCCCCUCCCAUCCGCCGACAGACAACCAUGACCACUACCCUCUUCCUCCCCCCCCACCCCCGGGGUUCAUAUGGUGACCCAUGUAGCAUGUCCUGGAGUAAAUAAAUGUCUUGGCUAUAAAACCAUCAGCUUAGCUGCCCCUCCUUAGGACGUGGCCCAUCGGCAUCAGCACCCACACAGUGCAGCCUUCUCAGCGGGAGCAACAUCCCUGCUCAGCAAGCAGAAGCAGCUUCCCCGCUAGCAAUCGCACGGGCGGCCAAGGAGCGUGAGGGCCCUCAUUCUGCACCUCCCAACGCACGCACGCAACGCGCCUGCCAGGACCUGAUGUGUCAACCACCACCCACCGCUGUCCCCGCCCUGACGGCGAGGCACCAGCUCUGUGAACGAUUCCCCGGGUUCUGUGCUCCGUGUCCCGCUCCGUAAAAUAGGCCUAAGCCCACCCACCUGCCCACCUCCCCUGCGGCUCCCGGGCUCAAAGGACCUGAGGUCCGGCGCUGAAUUUAAAGCCCUUACCACCCAGAUUGGCUGGCGGGAGCCGCUCCGUGGGCCUGUGCCCGCUGGGUUCUGAGCCGGCCAGCCGUGAAAGCAGCUCCCCAAGGAGGAGGCAGCACCCGCCAGUGGCCCGGUGGGGCACCCCGUGCUGAUGCCGACCUCCGGCUCCCGCCUCCCAGCAGGCGCGCGCCCCCCACUGCCAGGGCCCCCGGGGGGGCACCACCCAGUACCCUUGUCCUCGUCCUCGAGACAGGCUGGUGUUCGGCUGUGUGUGCACCCCGGGGAAGCUGCACUCCCGUCGGGUCCCCAUCCAACGCCGCCCCUGACCAUCUGCCCAGGCGCGUUCGUUAGCCUCUCCUUACUGCACGUUCCCAUCCUUAACACGGCCCCACCAGCUGGCCGCCCUCACAGGCUGGUGGGCGGAGAACCGAGAGAGCACAGGCUCUCACCUACCUGGAAGCCGCUGGCCGCCCCAGUACCUCGGAUCGGGUGCGGGGGGCACUGGCCCAGCAAGGGGGCGCAGGCGCAGGAGCGGUGCGAGGAGACCCCUUCCCAUGCCCGGUCCUCUGUCUUAUUAGCAGAGACGUGUUAAUGAAAAUUCACACCCAGGUGCUAAUAAACACCGGGCCGCUCCCGGCUCCGAGAGAGGGAGACCAGGCUCGCCCCAGGGGAGGGCGCUGGCCAAUGAGCCCCACUUAUCUGUGAAAAGACUUGCUAAUAACUUUAAUUCCCCAUCCUAAACCACAGGGCCUUUGCCAUGCAAACAGAUUUUCUAAAUUGGCUAGGCCCCUGGAAAGGACUUCCCACUCUGCUCCGGUUAGGGUCCUGGGAGGGGAAAGCAAGAUGGGAGGGGA